AUGUCAAUUAGAUUAUCGCAUGCCUACAGUCUUGGAAAAGAAAAAAGAGAGGCAUAGUUUAUUUAAAGUAAAGAUAUAACUCUAGUACCAGGACCAGGCUAGUAUUCUCCUUCCAUUAAGUAGACAAAAGGAAAGAUCAAUCCUUCAUGGUCAUUGAGUAAAGAUCAGAGAGAUAAGCUACUAGCUAAUUAGAGUCCAGGCCCAGGUUAAUAUAAAAUCCCCUCUAAAAUAUAAGAAGGACCAUAGUACUAGCUUGGACUUAAGCCAGAUAUUAAUCCUUUUAAGGGCAGAACUGAGCCAGGUCCUGGAUUGUAUGAUCCAAAAAAGGCUGAGUUUUAAGUUUCAUAUUCAAUCAGAAAACGAAACAACACAGAGUUAAGUGACGAGAAAUUAACUCCUGGUCCUGGAUAAUAUUUGGAUAUGAGAGAGAAGUAUUAUAAGAGCAUCCCAGGAUCAUAAAUUGGUAAAGAUAUGAGGUAAUCAAGCUUCUUAAAGACAUCUGCUUACGAUAAACCUCCUCCUGGUUCUUAUAAAACUUUCAGUUUCGUUGAAAAGAGUCAAGCACCUAAAUUUGGCUUUGGAACAGGCCAAAGAGAAAAAGACUAUUUAUCAUCUACUUAGUUAACAACUAUUCCUCCUGGCCCAGGAAACUAUGAGCAGAAGACUAUGAUGGGAGAUGGUGUGCCAAAAGCAACAAUGCCAGGCAGAAGAGCUGAUCUUAGACCAAAGACAGGUAGAGAUGCUCCAGGCGCUGGAGCUUACGAUCCUGAGUUUAGAAAAUUGAGAUAAUCGUCACCACAGUUCAGUCUUGGGAAACAGAUUAGAGAUGGUGAAGUUAACCACUUUUUUAAUACUCCUGGUUCAGGAAACUACUUUGCUAAAGAUCAGUUGACUAAGACCCAUUCUGCUUCUUGGAGAAUCGGAUCAGAAUAGAGACCAAAAUAACAACAGUAUGUUCCACCAACCCCAGGACCAGGAGUUUAUGAAUUAGGAUCUACACUUUCAGGACCUAAAUUCCCAUUGGGCUCUAAGCUAGAUAAAUUUGGAGAGGCAAGUCCAGGACCAGGUCAUUAUAAGGUUGACCAUAAUUAUACAACAAAAUAAAACAAGCCCCCUUAAUUCACAGUUGGAUCAUAGAGUCGUAUAAUGUUGAAAGAAUUGAAUCACAAUCCAGGCCCAGGAGUUUACGUGACAAAUGAUACUAAGAAAUUAUUUUAAGGCCCUAAGUUUGGUUUUGGAUCAAGUCAAAGAAUGCCAGUGAAGAAGGAUGGACAGCCAGGACCAGGAAGUUACAAAGUCCCAGUUUAGGUAGGCAAUGUCCCAGUUUAUAGCAUGCCAGGAAGAAAAGAGGAGUUUAAAUUUGUCUGA